AUUGCAAAAUUGAUGAAUGAAAAUGAGCAUUUGAAUACUGUGAUUGAGGAAUUAAAGAAAAAAUCCAGUGAUGCUGAAAUUGAAUCAUUGCGAGAGGAAUACCACCAAAGAGUCUCAGUUCUUGAAAAGAAGAUAUAUGCUCUUACUAAGGAGAGGGAUUCACUUAGGAGGGAGCAAAAUAGAAAAAGUGAUGUGGCUGCACUUUUGAAGGAAAAAGAUGAAAUAAUUAAUCAAGUCAUGGCAGAAGGCGAGGAGCUUUCAAAGAAGCAGGCUGCUCAAGAAUCUCAAAUUAGGAAAUUAAGGGCCCAGAUCAGAGAGCUUGAAGAAGAGAAGAAGGGAUUAAUUACCAAGAUUCAGGUGGAAGAAAACAAAGUAGAUAGCAUCAAGAGGGACAAAACUGCUACAGAGAAGUUGCUGCAAGAAACAAUAGAAAAGCACCAAACAGAACUAGCAGCACAGAAAGAGUAUUAUACAACUGCCUUAACUGCCGCCAAGGAGGCCGAAGCACUAGCAGAGGCACGUGCAAACAGUGAAGCCAAAACUGAGCUAGAAAGUCGACUUAGGGAGGCUGAGGAACGUGAAACAAUGCUAGUUCAGACACUUGAAGAAUUAAGACAAACUUUAAGUAGAAAAGAGCAGCAGGUUUUCUUUUUGUUCCUCUAAAA